UCAUAAUAAAAACAAUGUUAAAGGGUAUAGAGGAAAAACUGUAUAUUAUUUCCAAGAAAGGACCAACUAUCAAGAAGCUGGAAACCUUUAUGAAGGAAAAUUCAGGAGACCUUCAUACACAGCACUAUCUUAAUCUAAUAGCUCAGAGAAAUCUGAUUCAUCUGUUGUCUCAGGAACCUAAAACCAACAGGGAGGCGCAGAAGAAAAUAAUUAAAUUUGGAAAAUCGUUUAUUAAAACGAUGACUCGGCUAGAUCCAGGUUACAGUGAAUGGUUGGGUUCAAUGUUGAGAAAGAAGAACGAAGCAGAGUUGGCUCUUCUCAAAAUGGAUUUACAGGAGAAAAAGUUGGAUAAAAACCAGUUUGCAGAGAAGAGUGAGGUUAUCUGGGCCUCCAUGAAGGAGGUCGAGAACUGUCAAGUUCUCUGUACUCCGGCCUCUACAUUUUAGAUACACUAGUCGGCCUUUAUAUCAAUACAAUAAAGACGACUUUUCGAUUUAAGUUUUGAUUUCUGACAAGCUUUGUCAAAUGACAAGUUUAAAAGUAAACAAAUAGAAGCUGUAAAAUCUACAGCUUCUUUUGUUUCCAUGUUUAAGUGUAUUCAUGAUGUUAGAAAACUUGAAGUCGAAAGCCGUCUUUACUGCAUUUAUAUAAACAACGACGACAUUAGCAUAAUGUAUAGUUGUACACAGUGUCCCACAUCAUUUAGAUCGUGCUUAAUCUAUAAUUGGAAGUGGGAAAUUUUAAAGUUUUAAGCAUAUUAAAUAAUGGUAUGCAUGAGAUAAAAAUAAAAAUUUACGUUCAGAAAGUUCCUGGGGUGCUGUACAUAUUUUGGUUUUAAGCUAGAAAAUACAAUCCAAUAUGAUUACAGGACGCCUUGUAUUCAUCUAUAGCUAGCUGGAUACAAUCCAAUAUGAUUACAGGACGCCUUGUAUACAGAUAUAGCUAACUGGAUAUAAUCCAAUAUGAUUAUAGGACGCCUUGUAUUCAUCUAUAUCUAGCUGGAUACAAUCCAAUAUGAUUACAUAACGCCUUGUAUUCAUCUACAGCUAGCAGGAUACAAUCAAAUAUGAUUAUAGAACGCCUUGUAUUCAUCUAUAGCUAGCAGGAUACAAUCCAAUAUGAUUACAGGACGCCUUGUAUUCAUCUAUAGCUAGCUGGAUACAAUCCAAUAUGAUUACAGGACGCCUUGUAUUCAUCUAUAGCUAGCAGGAUAAAAUCCAAUAUGAUUACAGGACGCCUUGUAUUCAUCUACAGCUAGCUGGAUACAAUCCAAUAUGAUUACAGGACGCCUUGUAUUCAUCUAUAGCUAGCUGGAUACAAUCCAAUAUGAUUACAGGACGCCUUGUAUUCAUCUAUAGCUAGCUGGAUACAAUCCAAUAUGAUUACAGGACGCCUUGUAUUCAUCUAUAACUAGCUGGAUACAAUCCCAUAUGAUUACAGGACGCCUUGUAUUCAUCUAUAGCUAGCAGGAUAAAAUCCAAUAUGAUUACAGGACGCCUUGUAUUCAUCUAUAGCUAGCCGGAUACAAUCCAAUAUGAUUACAGGACGCCUUGUAUUCAUCUAUAGCUAGCAGGAUACAAUCCAAUAUGAUUACA